CAUCACAUAAAACAAGUGUGGACCUCUGGCUGUCUUGACACUGCUCCAAAAAUAUUCUACUCUGCCAACUGAAACAACCCACUGGAAAAGAUGGAGAACGGCACAGAGGGAAAGAACUUUUACAUCCCAAUGAACAACAGGACCGGGCUUGUGAGAAGUCCUUUUGAAUAUCCGCAAUAUUAUCUAGCAGACCCAAUUUUUUUCAAAAUGCUGGCUCUUUACAUGUUUUUCCUGAUCUGCACUGGAUUCCCCAUCAAUUUUCUGACAUUGUUGGUCACAGCCCAGAACAAGAAGCUUCGACAGCCUCUUAACUUCAUCCUGGUCAACCUGGCUGUGGCUGGGCUGAUCAUGGUGAUCUUUGGGUUCACAGUAACCUUUUAUACUUCAAUUAUGGGUUAUUUUUCUUUGGGUCCAAUGGGUUGUGCCAUUGAGGGAUUCUUUGCUACACUUGGAGGGCAAGUGUCUCUGUGGUCACUUGUUGUUCUUGCUAUUGAGAGAUACAUUGUGGUCUGCAAACCCAUGGGUAGUUUCAAAUUUACAGCCACCCAUGCUGGAGCAGGUUGUGCAUUCACCUGGAUCAUGGCUAUGUCCUGUGCAGUCCCACCUCUUGUUGGAUGGUCAAGAUACAUUCCUGAGGGUAUUCAGGUUUCAUGUGGACCCGACUACUACACUCUGGCCCCAGGCGUCAACAAUGAGUCCUUUGUCAUGUACAUGUUCUCAUGCCACUUCUGUGUUCCUGUCUUCACCAUUUUCUUUACUUAUGGAAACUUGGUGUGCACAGUGAAGGCGGCUGCAGCCCAGCAGCAGGACUCAGCAUCCACCCAGAAAGCAGAGAAGGAAGUGACACGUAUGUGCAUCUUGAUGGUGAUGGGCUUCCUUCUUGCCUGGACCCCAUAUGCUAGCUUUGCAGCCUGGAUCUUCUUCAACAAAGGAGCUGCUUUUUCAGCCACAGCCAUGGCCAUUCCUGCCUUCUUCUCCAAGAGCUCCGCACUGUUCAACCCGAUUAUCUACAUUCUGAUGAACAAACAGUUCCGUAACUGCAUGCUUACCACUGUUGGAAUGGGUGGCAUGGUGGAGGAUGAGACCUCAGUAUCAACCAGCAAGACAGAAGUGUCCUCUGUUUCCUAAACAUGGAAGAAUCACAGCGACUCUAAUGGAUCAUUCACAUGGACUGGGAAAGUUUCAGUACAGACAAGGUUUUAAUUUGCUUGUGUACUUGCAAGAAGUACGCCAGGCUGAAUUCCAGGAUUAUUUUUUGUUGUUUUAAUAUCAGAAAACUUUACCAGCACUUGUUUUCUUUUGUUAUAUUGGACUUCAUGUUCUUGGCUGAUUGUAAAUAUAUUUUAUAAAGACCAAGUAUGCUGUAAAUGUAGGUGAAUAAAUAAUGCAUGCAUCAA